AUGGAGUUUAAUGAAGAAAUUGCGAGGGAAUUUACCCAUACACUAUCAAAUGGAGAAGCUCAACUAAAAGGUUUAAGAGUGGUGGUUACAGAGGAAAGGAUAGCAGAGGAAAAGCGCAAAGAAAAACAAGUUGAUAUAGAACAUAAGGAGAAGAAAAGUAAAAAUGAAAAUUUACCCCCUCCUGCAGCCAAGAAGAGAAAAAUUUUAAAAUCAGUUCCUGUAGUAACUGUUAAAGUAGUUGAAGAAUUAGCUACAGGAAGUAGUCUUUCCAUCGAAAAAGGAAAAUCUCAAAGAAGUAGUGAUAGGCUUCGUAAAAAAUUUAAAAGCCAAGACCAACCCACAAAGCCAAAUAUUACAAUCUUGAUUGACUCCCCACAACAAAAACAACAUAGUCCACUCCACGAUGAUAUCCCUCCUUCUCCACCAAAUGAACCUCAGAGAGACCAUGAAGAAGAAGAACUACAAAAUAUUGAGGAAGAACGGGAAUUACAGCUUCAAGAAGAAGGGGAACUCCAGGAUAUUGAGCAGCCUCAGAAGGAAGUAGUUUUUGAAAGACUAGACAACUUAACAUCUACAGUAGAGCAAGUCAUUGAAGCAGGGGGCAAAGUAGAAAGUAAGAAACCUAAAGCACCUGUUCAUAGGCCACCUACUUCCCUUACUAGUCAUGCAGUAGGACUUGUUCUUUAUGAGGAUUGGGAACUUGAAAAGGUAAAAAUGCAAAUGAUAAUUGAUUACCAAAAGAAAGUUAUUGAGCAAAAGGGUGAGGAAAUAGCCCAGCUUAAAGCUAAGGUGGAAAUAGUAGCCACCAUGGUACCACAACUGAUGCAAUGUCGAGCUCCUCCUUGUGUUUACUCUCUAUACUUAAGAGAACACCACGUUUUGACUGUUCUCGACUGA